AUGAGCUAUUAUCCGACUGGUAUGAGUCCUGCGACUGGCAAUCAUUAUCAUAAUGUAGCUGCUCAAAUGCAAGCUUAUUUAAAUAACGGCAGUGGACAUUUUCAAUCAGGUUCGCACGGAUUGCAUCAAUACCAAGGACAUCAAACUUUUUAUCAUGGAGCUCAUCAUUUCGGUGUUAAUCCUAUGAUUGCUAAUGAUGCUGGUGGAUUUGCUAGAAGAUUUAUGAGAAACUUAUUCAUCUAA